AAACUCUAGCGCGACAAGCCGACACUCCAUUGCAACUUUGCAACCAAGUCAAGGAAAUGUGACAGCGUUCGAAGACAUUCGUCAGUUGCAAAAGGACAUCCUCGACCUCUCGAUCUAGGCUACGCUUCUGAGUGCCUUACCAAAGCCAUGGAGCCCAAGAACUCAAGGGUUAUGGAUAUGGCCAAGGCCGAAAAUUUUUGUUCUUGUACUUACGCAGCACAAUGGCGUAAAAGAUUUAGAUGACUUUGUUGCCGAUAAGAAAUCAUUUGAUCCUGUGUGUGCUCAAGCUUUAAUUCGAUGGGUAUACAUACCACACCAAGGUACUGAUAGGAAGUUAUAUGAUCACAAUGCCUUAUGUCUUGCUAAACUUGAGCCAGACAACACUUGGUGAAAGCAAUCUGGUGUGAUGUGCCAUAUUAUCAACUCACAUAUCAGCUUUGCAGCCCAUACUUCCAAUAAUGCAGAAACACCAUAUAUAUGGAUAUGCACUAGCACGUUCUUAUUUCAUCUCCU